AUGGGCGAUAAGACGAAUCACAUCCACAGCACUAACUCUAACUCUAUUCAUCACAAUGACCCAAACCUCAAGUUCGACCCUCCGAAGAGAAUUGUGGAAGAAGCUUAUGUUAAAAGUUUUGAGGAGUACCAACGGAUAUAUGAGAAGUCCAUCAGUGAUCCAGAAGCCUUCUGGGGUGAAAUUGCUGAUCAGUUUCAUUGGGAAUCUCGGCCGUCAGGUCAGUUUAUGAACUAUAACUUCGAUGUAAGGAAGGGUCCAAUUUUUAUCAAAUGGAUGGAAGGUGCCAAGACGAAUAUUUCCUACAAUAUGUUGGACAGACACGUGGAGAAUGGCCUGGGAGAUAAGGUAGCAUUUUUCUGGGAAGGAAACGAUCCAGGGGAUCAUGGUGAGAUCACUUACCGCCAAUUACUAGAACAAGUCUGCAAGUUUUCCAAUGUGUUGAAAGGCUUGGGUGUAAGAAAAGGUGAUCGGGUGGCCCUCUACAUGCCGAUGAUUGUAGAACUGGUAGUUUCCUUGCUUGCUUGUGCUCGGAUCGGAGCUGUACACUCCAUUGUUUUUGCAGGAUUUUCUGCGGAGUCACUGAGCGAUCGGAUACUGGAUGCAAACUGUAAAGCUAUUGUAACUGCCGAUGGAGUUUGGAGAGGGUCCAAGUUGCUGAAUCUGAAGUCUAUUGUAGACAAGGCACUGGGAAUCUGCAAGGAGAAGGGCAAGCCUGUAGAGAUAUGUGUCGUGGUUCGGCAUCUCUCUCCGGCUGAGGAAAUCGUCACCUACAUAUCUCACUCCAAUGGAAUAGAGGAUGGUGAAGAUGGUCCAGUGGCUAAGAGACCAUGUGGAAAAUUAAAGAUCAACUGGUCUAAGGGUCGAGAUGUUUGGUGGCAUGAUCUGAUGCAGAGUGCAGAGACAGUUUGUGCUCCAGAAUGGCUGGAUGCUGAAGACCCACUGUUUAUGUUGUACACAAGUGGUUCCACUGGUAAGCCAAAGGGUGUCUUGCACACAACAGCAGGCUACAUGUUGUACGCGGCUGCUACCUCCAAAUACGUGUUUGACCUCCAUCCGGAUGAUGUGUAUUGGUGCACAGCUGAUGUGGGCUGGAUCACUGGCCAUACAUACGUGUGCUAUGGCCCUCUGAGCAAUGGCGUUACUGGGAUUAUAUUUGAAGGCACACCAUUCUAUCCCGACGCUGGUCGUUUCUGGCAGGUGAUUCAGAAAUACAAAGUGACAAAAUUCUACACAGCUCCAACUGCAAUUCGUUCCCUGAUGAAGUUCAAUGACAGUUUUGUGACUCAAUAUGACAGGUCAUCCUUGAAAAUUCUGGGCACUGUUGGAGAGCCAAUCAACCCGGAGGCUUGGAUCUGGUAUCACAAAGUUGUUGGAGAUGGUCAGUGUGCUAUUGUGGAUACUUUCUGGCAGACAGAGACAGGCGGUCAUGUGAUAACACCUCUGCCAGGAGCAACAAAAACCAAACCCGGAUCUGCAACAUUCCCUUUCUUUGGCAUUGUUCCUGCUUUGUUGACCGACGAUGGGAAAGAAAUCUCAGGACCAGGUGAAGGUUACCUGGUUUUUAAACAGCCGUGGCCAGGAAUCAUGCGGACUGUAUUUGGCAACCAUGAAAGAUUUGAGACCACCUACUUCAAGAAAUUCCCCGGUUAUUACACCACUGGUGAUGGAGCGAAAAGAGAUGAAGAGGGUUACAUCUGGAUCACAGGGCGAAUUGAUGACAUGGUCAAUGUGUCGGGCCACUUGUUGAGUACAGCAGAAGUGGAGUCAGCCCUCAUUGAGCACGAGGCAGUAGCCGAGGCAGCAUCAGUCUCCCACCCCCACCACAUCAAGGGGGAGUGUAUCUAUUGCUUUGUCACACUUAAAGAGGGUCGAGUCUUCAAUGACGAGUUGGUGAAAGAACUUAUGGCAGCAGUGAGAUCAAAGAUUGGCCCCUUUGCUCAGCCCGACUUUAUUCAGAAUGCCCCGGCUCUGCCGAAAACCCGAUCAGGAAAAAUCAUGCGUCGUAUUCUCCGCAAGAUUGCUGUGAAUGAUAGGGAUAUUGGCGACACAUCAACCCUGGCCGACGAAGGCGUCAUUGAGGUCUUGUUCAGUUUAAGACCAAAGGAUGCCUAA